AUGAGCUCAAUCCUUGAUUCACUGUUCGGGAAGAAACAGGCAACUGAAGGAAAGCCAUUAUUAAAUAAAAAAUCCCCUGAAGUAUUACAAUUCAAGCAAAUGGUUGAAGAAAUCAAUAAUUCCGAUCAAGUAUUAAAAUGCGUCGAUUUUUACAUCACCAGAUUCGGUAAUUUCUACGAUAGAGAAGGCCUCAUCGCAGGUGAUAUCAAACAUGAAGUUACAAAAGUGAUUGAGUUAUAUAAACCUCUUUUCAAUGAUUCAUUCAAUGAUAAAGUCAAAUACAUUUACGGCCUCGCUUUUUUGGAAAGAGCCGCAUGCUUAUACCAUUCAGAUUAUUGGGAAAAGCAUCUCCUUCUUGAUAUCAUGUACGAUAUUAUCCAUACAAAUAAAGAUGAACUUAUUCAAGAUGCUCUUCCAUACAUUAAAGAGAUCUCAUCAGAUAAGAAUCUCCUGAGAAUUAUAUUUGCAGGCAAUCACAUUGUUACAUUUUGGAAUGAAGUCAUUGCCAAAGAAAGCAAGGUUAACAAGCAGAUUGCAAGCUAUUUUAUUGAAGCUGCCUUCAAGCAGACAGACUUAAUUAUCCUACAACUCAAAGAAUUCUUGGAUAAUGCAAUUGUUCAAAUCAGUGGUGAUGUAGUACCACCAGAAAUGCUUCCAGUAGGUCUUCAUCUUAUUGGUGCACUCAUUGCAAAUAUCAGCGCCGAGCAAUACAUUCAAAGUAUUUUUAAUGUUUUAGAUACAAAAAUUAAUUCCAUCGUAUCAUAUGAAUGGUUUGCAGGAUUCCUUCUUACAAGAUCCUUAAACCAGAACAUUGCUUGGCAAAAGCUUCAAUUUGUUAUUAUGAAUAAUGACGCAACAACAAGACAAAUGUGCACUGCAGUUGACGCACUUUACUUCGUAAGAACACAUCCAAGAGUUAAAAACUUCGAACUUAUUCCAUUUACAAGAGUUUUCCCUAAUAUGCCAUUUGAAACACAGACAAAGCUUUACGAAAUCGCUCUUAACCACAAUCUUAAGGAGCGUAUCCUCAUAUUCCACGAGACAUAUCCAUUCUGGGAACGCAAUAUUAAUACAGAAGCUUUAUCUAAAUUUGUUAUCAACGCUAAUUGGGGUAACAAAGGCUACAAGGAAUUAAUAUCUGUAUUAGAAUCCUUACCAUUCGAUCCACUUGUCGCUGCUCUUAUUAAGGAUGUUCAUACAUUUAAUAUUGUAGCUUCGAUCUUUUCUCAUUUAGAUCCAGAAUGGCCAAAGAUCAACGAUUUCCUCGAAGCUGUAUUAAAUGGAACACUUGAAGAGUCACGACAUCCUCAAGAAUUAGCAAAGAUUGUACUUCCACAAUUUGAUCCACAUAUUUUCAUUGAAACAGUCAAGAAAUACUUCGACAGAGAUGUUCUCAAUGUCGCUGUCCUCGAAUUAAUUGCAGAAUACGCAGAGAAUUCUUUAGAUUUCACACAUGCUUUUUGCGAGACAGGCGGAUUGGAUAAAUUAACAAAGCAUUUAUCAUGCCCACAGACAUUAGAUAUUAUUCGCGCCUUUGUUAGGGACGAACCUUACAACUUGGUCGAUGAAUAUAUCGCAAGAACAGAUUUCUCUCAAAUUCCAAAGGAUAAAAUCACACAUCUCAUGUGUGGAACAAAGCAAUCCGAAAACUUACCGAAGUCACAGUUCAUUCGCAUUCCUUCUUUGUGCAAAUAUGUUCAGCCAAUGUUAGAUUACGCUUACAACCGUUACAUUUACGGUAAAUAUGCUCCAUUAUACUUUACACCACCAGAAGGAGACAUUUUCGAGAGCUCAAGAACUUAUAUGAAUUCAGAAGUUGCUGCAAAGUUCAUGACAUCUCCAAAAUCCAUUUCAUACCUCAUCCAGAAUAUGGAACCUUGCACAGGUGUCUACCAGCUCAACCAUGACUGUCCAAAUCACUCUCAUCCGAUCAAAUGCGAAGGAGUCACUUCAUUUUGGAUCUUCGUACACAAAUUCGAAGGUAAAUCAACAAUGUUUACAAUCGAUGACAAAUUUACAGUCUUUUUCGAGAACGGAAAUAUCUGCUUGCAUAAGUCCGCUCUUACACUGAAAUUCAAGGAAUGGCAUCUUAUUACCUUCCAAAUGAAGACUGUUGAAGACAAGAAAGCCAUGUCCGUUUACUUCGACAUGGAAGAAUUGAGAACAGUCGAAACCGACUCCGAUACCAUCACAUUAGGUGGAGAAACAGCACCAAAUGGACAUUGGUACAUUGGAGAGUUCUUUACAAACAAAGUUACCAUGACAACGAAAUAUCUUUCCGAAGUCAUGGACAAAGGUCCUUCCAAAGUAUCUACAAAGCUCCAAACGCCAUUUGUCUACGUUCCAUACGCAGGCCCACUGUCAUAUCUUCCUGCAUUUGGUGGUCCUGACACUUUUUGGAGUGCAUGCUUCAAUUCCAAGGAGAUUGACGAGUUCCUUGAGCUUAUCCUUGCUGCUUUCAGUCUCGAGAGAUCCAAGAUUAUCACAACAGAAGACUUAUUCAACGGAAUUGCCGCUUGUGCCAUCCAAGUUCCGCAUUUAAUGAUCGAACAGACAGGCCAGAUCGCAGUCAUGGAGUCAAUGAAGCAGCUCAGAACAACAUCUCCUAUGCUCACACAUCUUUUCCAGAACUAUUUCUUCGCAAACGCUCCUGACAUGUUGCAUCAACUCUUCUUGAGCACAUAUUCAGAGUUGAAGGACCCUGUUGCCAUACUUCCUUACCUCACAGACUCCCUCAUCUUCUUCAAUAUCACCGGCGCUAGAUUGGAGAACACACUCGAAGCGAUCGGAAUGAUCAUGAAGAAGAAGCCAGAGGAAACAAUCAAAUUCAUGUUGGACAUUUUGAGAGGAAUGCCAUUCAUCAACUCAAUGAAAGUUGAAACUCCUGAUGACCCACAGAUCACAGAGCUUCAGACAGAGUUGAUGAGAAGAGUAUUCGGAGCUGGAUUCCCUAAGAAAGCUGAAGAUUGCUUGGAACCACUCGAUACUUUAUCUUCUUGCAUUGCUCCUUAUGUUUUCAACGGAUUUGUGAAGAAUUCAAUUCAAAUUGAUGGUUUCUUCUCACAAGAUAUCCUCAACAAGAUGUAUCCUGCUUUAGCAUUCUACUCUGACAAGGAGUUAGUUUGGCAGGGCAUCUUUUCACUCAUUAACAACCAAGUUCUCAAGAAGAUGUCAGAUUUCAAGACAGAUUUGAUUGCUCGUCCAAAUAUCGUCAUCCUCGCAUACGACUUAGCUUGCGAACUCCUCAGAAAGGACUUGAACUCAAAGCUCGCAUCAACAGUUCUCCAGUAUUUGCUUGGUAUUGAGAGAAAUGCUGAUGUUUUGUGUCCGAAUUUGCAUGUUUACGUGUCAAAAUUAUGUGCAGCCGGAUUCCAUUACUACGAGAAGAUGAGUAUUCCAUUCUCCAUUUAUCCUGAUGAGACUAAGUACGUCAAUGACGAAGACAUCAGUGGUUUGUCUGUCAAUUAUUCGAACGAAAAAGAUUUCGUCGAUAUCGAUGACGCCAAAUACGAAUAUACCAUCGAAAGGAAGCCAAAGAAAGAAGAUGACAAAGCAAGAAAACUCGAUGGACAAACAGACAUCUGCAGAAUUAUUGCUGACAUGUCAAGUCUGAUGUUGAAUUUGAAGUGCAAUGACGCAAAUCUCUUCAAAGAUCUCUUGGUAAAGAACACAAUCCAAGGUGCAGAUGUUCCUCAACCAGUUUCAAAGGAAAUGCACAUCUUCCUUUUGUACGAUUUCCUCAUGACAAAGCCGAAACUGGUUGAUGUAUCAAAGUCUGUUUUAUGCGACUUUGUUUCCACUGUUGUUUUCUCUGGCUGGUGGAAGAACUACGAACAACCACUUCUCGCCAUUUUGUUCGAUUACUUACCACCAGAGCCAAUCAAUUUCAUGACUGUCUGCAUGUUGUCAAUCAACUCUCCUCGCAUCAUCAUGAAAUUGCUUCAGACACCUGUUGCAUGGAAGAAAUGCCAGAAAUCUAAGAAUUUUAUGGAUUAUUUCGCAGAAAAAUUAUCUCAGUACGAAUUCACAGAAGACCAAGAGAAAUUAAUUCUCAAAGAAUUGAGCAAUCCUUUGAAGAAGAACUUCCAAAACAAGACAAUGAAGGAGUACUUGACACAAGACAAACUCGACAGUGCAGAAAUUAUCAAGAAACAAACUCAAAACUACAUCAACCAGUUGAAUCAAGACAUCAUCUCAAAGAGAUUGAACAGCUCUCUCAAGACUCCAAGCAAUGUCUUCGAAAUCUCAAGAAAUGGAAACGCUUUCUUGCACAGAAUUUCAUUGAGAAAUCAGUUCGCAACAAGAUUCAACAAAUGCUGCAUGGGAGCUGAAGAAAACAUCUGCCACGUCUACCAAACAAGAGUUUUACUCGAAGACUUCAACUUAAACGAAAAAGGAAAGAUAACUCUCUUGAACUCGCCAAGCCCAAUUUAUCCAGCUAAAAACUUGUUGCCAUUACCAGAGAAGAGUGAAGAAAAUAAGGUCAACGAUCUUAAUCUCAACUUCAGACCUUAUUUCACUCCAAAGAUCGAAUACAAGUCUCUCAAUGGAAUAUUGCUUCCUCCAUAUUUGAACAGCGAAAAGGAAGAAGAACUCAAGAGAUCUUUGACAAACAAAUUGCAUUCAAACGAGUUUGUUUCAUUCGAAAUUAUCUUAGAUCAUAAUCUUCCUUGCGUCGGUGCUUUUGCUGAAGACAAAUUCGUAUUUGUUUUGAACGCAAAAGUUACAGAAAAAGGCAUCGAAAUUCUUGAGAACAAAGGCGACAAAAUCAUUGAUAUGUCCAUCAGUGGAUUACUCGGCAGAUCAUCACUCUUCUUCCACUCUCCUUCAUUGGAGAUAAACAAGAAAGAAGUUACAUUUGUCGAGACAUCCAAAUUAUCUGAUGUUUUGACAUUAGUUGACAUUUUCUUGUUCGAUGGCAAACACUUCAGCUUCUCAGUGAACAACGAUAUCCAAGAUGAUUUUGUCAACAAGAUCAAACCAGAAAAGCCAGUUUUGCCACAGAUUCUCGAAAUGUCAUCCUCAGACAUUUUGAAGGGAUAUUCAGAUGGAACAAUCACAACAUUGGAUCUUCUCUUCUACGCAAACAAAAAGGCAGGAAAGUCAUACUCAGAUAGAGAUAACUAUCCAUUAUUCCCAUUAAUCAAAAGUGAUGGUUCCAUGAAUUUGUCAGAGAUUGAUUUGACAAUCAGAAAACAAUUUGUUAACAAGUUAUUGAACAAUGAGUUCUCUGAUAUCAAAUCUGCAAUCAAUGAAGCAGAAAAGUCACUUUUGACUCCAGAAUUCUACAUCCCAAGUGAAAUUUCUAACGAACCGAAAGAGACAAUUUUCAUGCGUUCUCUUUUGGAGAAGUCUGAUAUUUCCGAAUGGGUUGAUAGUAUCUUUGGACCAGAAAGCUCCACAAGAGUUUUCGACAGCAAGAUGCCAAAGCCAACACAAAGAGACAUCAAUUUCGACACUGAAUAUCAUUCAACAGUUUUAGUUCCUCAGCCAUACGCAACAAGAGUUAAAUCGACCAAAGCAGGCUGUGUUUUCUUAUCCAAAGAUCAGUACAUGCUUCAGAAGGCAAUGGAUAUUGAUGACUUCCUUGUCGAACACUCUUUGAAGAACAUUUCCGCUCUUGCUGUUUCAGAAGAUUCGACUGCAAUUGCUGCUGCAACAGCUCAAGGAACAAUUUUAGUUUACUUCGCUGUUUCAAAUCAUUCGAAGUUAAUUACAUGUCCAAAGGCUGUCAUGACAUCAAUGUCCUUGGAUACAAAGUCGAAUUCCCUCCUUGCAACAGAUGGAGAGUAUAUCUAUCUGUUCGAUAUUCCUUCUGCUGUUUUGGCCAAGAAAGUUAAGUGCGAAAAUGUUGUUUCUUUGGCACUUUUCUCUGUUGAAGAUUUACUCAUCGCCAUCACAAAGACUAAAGCGAUUGUUUUCAACAACGAUUUAGUACAGUUGUCAGAACUCGCCAUGGAAAGCGAGCCCACAUGCCUUUCAACAAUCGAAGGCCCAAUGUUCGAAGAAAAGCCAAGAUUCGUUAUUGGUUUUGUCAAUGGAGAAGUUUCAAGUUUCGCAUUCGAUAUCCAGAACUGCUCCUGCCAGAAGGUCUUGACAUACCAGAAGGAAGGAUUGCCAGUAAAGAGCGUUACUUCAUUACACCACGGAAAGGCAAUUAUCGCCUUGGAUAAUGAAGGAGGAGCAACAAGUUUCACAGCGAAGAAAUGUCCGAAAUUCGCAGAUGUGUCACUUUUCAUCAAAUGCACAGGAUGCGAUAAAGAAGCUGCAUGGCUUUGCAGAGAUUGCGGAAGAGCCUUCUGCGGUGGAUGCUUAGUUGGUGGUAAAUGCCCUCAAUGCAGACAAAUGUCAGGACAUUUCCAGUACUUCGAGAAGAAGGAAUGA